GGUCCGGAAGAUCCUGAACCUGCGCCUGUUUGAGGACGAGAGCGGUCGAGCGUGGAGUCGGAGCGUGAUGGACCAGGACCUGGAGGUUCUGUGUGUGAGUCAGUUCACCCUGCAGUGCAUCCUGAAGGGGAACAAACCGGACUUCCACUCCGCCAUGCCCGCCGAGCUGGCCCAGAACUUCUACAGCAGCAUCCUGGAGAACAUGAGGAGCACCUACAAGCCAGAGAGGAUCAAAGACGGGGAGUUUGGAGCCUUCAUGCAGGUCCACAUUCAAAACGACGGACCUGUCACCAUCGAGCUGACGUCACCCACUGGACCCACAGACCCCAGACAGCUAUCGAAGCAGGAGAAGCAGCAGCAGAGGAAAGAGAAGACGCGCCACAAAGGACCCUCAGAGUCCGGGCGGGACAAGGGGGGCCCGCGGUCCAAACAGGACCCAAACGCCAGCAGCGGGGCCGAGGGGGACGUGUCCUCAGAGAGGGAGUCUUAAAUAC